UGUCAGUCAGUAUCAAAUAUUCUGUCAUUAUUCCAUUCUGUGCCCUGCGUUCUCGUUCUGCCAUGUCUGCUUUGUUUUCUGAUUGCUAGUAGCUGAGGUUUCUAGCUGACCGUUUUGUGUACCCUUGCUAAAAUGAUUUCUUAGUAGUAGAGUUAUUCAUCCUGCUUUCAAAAUGAACAAUGGCGAUUAUUCACAUUACUUAGUCAAUUUACCUCAACAUGUAUAUCUUAAUAAUUAUAGCUGAAAGAAGAGUCUCAAUCUAAAAGAUUCAUCUUAUUUUCUGUAAUGUGCUACAAAAUCAGAUAAAUUGCAAGUUUAUAUCGUGCAAUUAUCUGUCUGUAGGUUUAUCUCGAAAUAUAAACAUUUUUCUUUGUGAUUUUCGCAUUCUUAUUCUUAGGUUGACUGAAAAAUGAAUAGAAGGAGGACUCCAAGUAAUUUUACUUACGUUAGUUCGUGUGUUAAAUAUAUGAUCUUCCUAUUAAAUUUCGCUUUCUGGUUGCUGGGCGGAUUGUUGAUUGGAGUUGGAACCUACGCUUUCUUAGACAAGUGGCCGGAUGUCACAAAUGGACUUAUCAAGCUACAGACAAUCUAUGACGUUGUCCUGAACAUCUCACUGGUCCUGAUAUUGGCAGGUGGUGUGGUUUUCAUUGUUAGUUUCUCAGGAUUCGUCGGGGCUUUGAGAGAAAACACUUGUCUUUUAAAAUUUUACUCUUUGUGUCUGCUGAUACUGUUCCUGUUGGAGAUGGCUGUGGCUAUCAUGGGCUUUGUCUUCCCUCACACCCUGCAGUCAAUGCUAGAGGAGUCCUUCACAGACAAGAUCAUCCACACGUACAGAGACGACGUGGAUCUGCAGAAUCUCAUUGACUUUGCUCAGAAGGAGUUCAAAUGCUGUGGACUUAGCUCGGAGGGAUACAUGGACUGGUCCAAAAAUGAGUACUUCAACUGCAGCUCUCCAAGUGUAGAGAAGUGCGGUGUGCCUUUCUCCUGCUGUAUCAACGCCACCGAUAUAUCUAGUGGUCUUGUCAACAUAAUGUGUGGCUACGGAGUACAGGAGUCAUCAGUAGCGGAGGCCAGCAAGAAGGUGUGGACCAGUGGGUGUAUAGAGGUAGUGCGGUCCUGGGGAGAACGGAACCUGUACACUAUAGCAGGCAUCGCUCUGGGAGUAGCGCUAUCACAGCUGUUUGUGAUAUACCUGGGUAAGACACUGGAAGGACAGAUAGAGCUGCAGAAGUCUCGCUGGAACUCCUGAAAUAUCGUAGCCUACCGCCUGGGCUAGGCCAUGCCAAGGGGGUAGGCUCCUGUGUGAUCCGACACCGAGACACAAGCAGUAGUGCCAACUGUCAUCAGCAAAACUUCCCUGUCUUCCUCCCUCCUCCCACCACCAGAGAGGAGCUGACAUGAUCCUAGUGUUGUUUGUGAAUGAAACUUUAAAU